AUGUAUAGCCCAUCUAUUGUACCUACCUCUCCUGAAGCCUGUCAUGAUGAUGCUUUGUUCAAUGGUCUGUGCAAUAAACACUCUCGUUAUGGCCACAAAAGACACGAUGGUUUUUUGAAUACUCCUCCCCAUCAAGCACUGUCGGCCAUUGUUCCAGACAGACUGUCAAAGGCACUCUUCGAAAUUACCCCGACUGAUAUUCUGGCUAGGAAAGAGGUCGCUCUGUCUGGAGCUAUUGGCUUCCGGUCAAUAUUUGGCAUUAGUAAUACUUCAACAUAUCCAACACAUUUGAUCUUGGAUAGCAAAAGAAAGGCUACAAUGGAACAAGGAUCACAUGACCUAGAUGCAAAUUUGCGCAGCCAUGGCCAAAUAAAUGGAUGUGGUGGAAAUAGUGAUCAGGACAUGGAGAAAAGUAGAACACCCGUCCCUACUUAUCCAGCACAUUUAAUACCAAGUCUAUUGAGCAAGAAAGCUCCUUUGCCCACUAUUAACUUUCUAUCUGCAGAAAAUUCAUCAAAUAUUGUGUUUGAAGAGCUUCUGGAAGACUUUAUCGUAAAGUCUACUAUGUAUGCCUGUCCAGAAUACGACCCUACUGACAAGUGUGCACACAAUUACAUAUCUACAAAGCCAUCUAUGGAUACAUCACAAUCGAAUAAUGUUUCUGACUCUGCAACAUUUCCUUCUGGCGGUGAAUCAUGCUGGCCAACACCAUGCCUAUCAGAUGUAUCCAGUGUCUUUGAUAUUUCCGAGCAGUCCCCUCUUAUUCACACAAACAGCAUUAACAACACCAUCACUACAAAUCACAAUAUCAGAGAUUUUGAUUUGUUUGGCCCCACUCACUUACCAAGCCCGAAAAAACCCAAGUAUAAAAAUUUGACCAGUCCAUUUCAGGCGAAAUCUUCCAGCUGUUUCAUUUUGCCUGCAAGGACUACCAAUAAAAGAAAGAGAAUGCGAGAUGCCUCGGUGGGCAUUACAUCCAAAAGGCACAGGUGCUCUUUGUGUAGUUAUGAAGGGGCUCACACCGGAAAUUUUAACAGACACAUCCAAACACACUACAUUAUACGCAAUAAGGUGGCAUGCUCUCUUUGUGGCAGUCCUUAUGCCAACAAAUACAAUCUUAGCAGACAUGUCUGUAAGCAGUCUGUUAUAAACAGCUACUAA